GCAUCGAUUUUAAGCGUUUUGAUAUUCCUGAAGGAGACAAACAAACCUUCGAAAUGAUUUCCUCUUUGGCAAAUCGAUUUGAAAGUUGGCAGUGAAGGUGUUCGAUCACCGACUGUCGGACAAGGAAAUGAGGUGAUGGGUAGGGCACGCUUUCUGUCAGAUUGCAGGGAUCAGAGUGAAGAUGGUGAAGACAAUCAGAAGAAAGUGGAGAGGGAAGGAAGGCACUGUUCAAAAAACUUGGUGGCUGAGAGGAAGAGAAGAAAGAAGCUCAAUGAUAGGCUCUACACUCUGCGCUCAAUUGUACCAAAAAUCACAAAGAUGGACAGAGCUUCGAUACUUGGAGAUGCAAUAGAGUACGUGAAGGAAUUGCAGCAUCAGGUGAAAGACCUCCAAAAUGAGUUGGAGGAUACACCAGAUAUACGUAGAAAUAACUUAAUUCAACCAGAGGACCAAAAAAGAGUAUACAGACCAGAGAAAUAUGAACAAUCUUCAAAUGCACUAAGGAUGGGAGAUCAGGAAACCGGGCUACUGUCUUCCAGUGCAAAAAUCACAGGCGUGCUCGGAGCAAACAGAAAAUGUGGCAGUGCAGAUGACAGUAGACAACAGAUGGAAGCGCAGGUGGAGGUAAGUCGAGUUGGUGAACAAGAGCUUGGUUUAAAGAUAUUAUGUGAGAACAGGGCAGACGGUUUUUCAAGGUUAAUGCAAGCAGUGGAUUCUCUCGGGCUUGAAGUCAUUACAGUCAACGUGGCGACAAUUAGAGGCCUUGUUUUGUAUCUGUUGGAGGUGGUGAGGGAUGAUGAAGGACUUGAUGUGGAGCAGGUGAGGGAUUCACUUUUGCAGCUGACAUGAAAUUCAAAUGGAUGGAGCCUGAGUUAGCAUGAAAAAGAUGGAGGAGGCAUUCGGAGAGAAGACAUCGGAGCCAAAUAAAUGCAACAGCUAAACAUCCAGGCAAUGUGAGCUUGCGACAGACAGUCAAAAAUUUUGCAGGCCACAAUUGCAAGUGGUCCAAUCCAUUAAUGCAUUCAAUCAGCAACUAUCUACCCAAGACAAACUAUCAGAUGAUUUUAAAUCAUCUCAACCACCCCAUGUGCAUUGGCUGGUAACCAGUCAGAGGAUCAAACAGGCAUUGAGCUGAAG